UGAACAAACAGGUAGACAAAGAUUUUAUAGCUGGACUUUGACCAGGCGGAGGACUUGAGGUGAGCUGACGUGAGCUGACGUGAGCUGACUCUAAGUUGAUUUCUGCAUUGAGGAUCAUUGUCCACCAGAAUGAACUUCAGGAUGAAGAGGGACAAACUGACCCAUAUAUUUUGUUUUCUUUUACUUUGCAUUGUGCUCCUAGUCUUGUGUACAGUGCUUUUGGUGCCUAAACUUAACCCCACGUGGAACCUAAGAGGUUUUGAGAUAGGACCCUCAGACUGCAGUGAUGAUGCACAGGAGCUGCAUGAGAAAGGAGGAGAGACCUCAAAGAGUGUUGCCGACUUGUUCACCUCUCCAUCUUGUUGUACCUACUGCAUCAUUUUUGGCUUGGUUAGUGGCGCAGCUGCUGGCCUUACAUUAUUUAUAGGCGUCUUUAUUGUCUGGGUAUCACAAAAAUCAACAACCAUUUCAUGCAUAUCCGUGGCAAAAAAGAAGAAUCCAGUUGGAAAAAAGGCUCAGCUGCAGAAACAAUCCCAGAAGACACAAGAAGAACUGGCUGCAUGGGCGGUGGUAUUAACUCCAUUGAUGGAUCUGAAGAGGGGACUGUGGGGUCAAAGGGAAGAAUUCAGACUGCAGCUAGAAGAGAUCGACAGAGAGAGGGAGGAGAGCAAGGAAAAGCUUCAGUUAGUGGAGGAGGCAAUAGCAGAGAGUGAGAAAGAAAAGGCAACCGACAAAACAGAAGGGUACUUGAGAGAAAAACAAAGCCUGUUGAAGGCUCAGUGGAAACUGGAGAAGAGAAAGGAAGAACUGGAGAACCAGCAACUGAACAUGGAGAAACUGCUGCAGAAAACAGAGGGUACCAUAGCAACAAUAACAGAGAGAGAAAGUGGAGAACCACAUGGAGCUGAUUAACUUGCACCUGGAAGAGGUAGAUCUUCACAAAGAGUAGUGAAAAGACAACUUGUCAUCAUUCCCAGCUUGUCAAAUACAGAUACUUUGUCAGUGACUUUGGCACCAGAUGCCAACUCAAAAACACACAUUUUGCAGCAGUAUGCCAGCAUGUUGUAAUGGUAGGCUGCGGAGGUUUAUAAUUCCGCUGGACCGCAUCAGUAAAAAUGUAUAGGUGCAUAAAAGUCACUAUAGGGUGGGUAGGACAUGAGGUGGAUGGGUCCAACAAACUUUCACUCAACAGCCUGUUUUUCAUUUCCUGUUUGAAUGUUGAGCCAAACCAUGAUAUUGUUUUCUAAACUUAACUCUGUGUUUUUGUUGCACGAGGAAAUAAACAUGAAGUUCUUUUUAUCAACCUGGCAAGUUUGUUUUGAAAAAGACUGUAUGCACAUAACAAGCAGAAAGAGUACAUGUCCUGCGAAAAUUGAAGUGUAUUUUGAGAAGAUACAACAAUGUAACAGGCGUAAACUGGCACGGCAUCCUGGAGUGUCAACAACUGAUGUGCGUUAUAUGUAGAAGUGACAUUCCACUGACCAAACAACAAUACUUGACAAGUUGGGAUGGAACGGGGUUGCAGAAGUUUACUUCCUGUUCAAUACUGAGAUAUAACCUCAGAGUCAGUUACUAAUAACAUUAUGAAUAGAAUAGUUCCACUUUAAAGACAUACAUACAGUGUCUGCAUGUAUAGAGUUUUGUUUUAAGACAAUGCUGAUAUGGAUUUCUCCUCAAUAGUCAUUGUAGCGACCAGUGAGCACGUCAUUAAUUCAUGCUUGCAGAACAGAGGAUCCAGCAAUGUGAUAAAAAAAAAAUGAAAAUACAAUCUACAUUAUCAUAAUAUUUUAAUACUGAUUGUGCUGUUGGGUAGUUUGUUGAUUUUUAGAUAGUUAGUUACAUCACUGAACUUGAUUAAUACUUAAUUACAAAUGACAAUAAUAUUUACAAUGUUGAAUAUGGAUUUAAGAGUCAUUAUUAUUGUUCCCUUUGAAUAUUUUUUGUCAUGAUUAUGUUCUAGAUUAUCUUGUUGUAUCUUUUUGAAUAUCUUCUAAUGUAAUGAUGAUGAUUUGUUUUAUUCCUCAGUGAAAUCUCCUUUUUGACUCUCCAUGCAUGUGCCCAGAAUAAAUAUACUCC